CUACAUUACAAACCGCCUUAAACUAAUGAGUAAGGAAAACAAAGCGAGUGGUGGGAGCCGCUCGCCGCGCUAACUGAUGUUGCGCAAGAAUUUUUGGAGGGGUUAUAGGCUGACCGAGCGUAGACGCUGCUUACUUCUGCAGAACUAGCUUGUGUGGGCCUCCCUUAAAACCCAAAACCCCCACUAAAUCUUCAGUAAAUCAAAAUUUAUUUCUGUCAUUCAUUACAACGGAACUAAUGCCACCAUUGAAGGCUCUGGAGCGUGAAUUUUCCGAAAUUGACUCUAAUUUUCAGCAGUUCUGUUCUUCUCAAGGCAUACUUUCAGUGGAAGAUUUCCUUGUUCAUGACCUUAAUGUACUAGUUGCUUUUGCAGAGCAGCAUGACACUUCAAAGAAAUUGAAACAAGGAAUUACGAGAAUCCUUUCUAUCAUAGACAAUCAUCAUCAACCAUGGUUAAAUGGUAUGAAGUUGUUGGAAGAUGCUCUACAGAAUAAGCAUGUCUUGUCAACUGGAUAUGAAGGGAUUGAUCAUCUUCUUCAAGGUGGAUUGCAUCAAGGACAGUUAACAGAACUAGUAGGGCCAUCGUCUUGUGGUAAAACACAAAUUUGUCUUCAAGCUGCAUCUAAUGUUGCGGACAAGUACACGGGUGCUGUCAUGUUCUUAGAUACGUGUAACUCCUUUUCACCCAGACGCAUUGCAUGCUUUCUCACUCGAAGCAUGAGCUCUUCUUCCAAGGAGGACAGACAAAGAAGUCUUGAAAGAGUGCUGAGAAAUAUAUUUAGUUAUUCAGUUUUUGACAUUUUUGCCCUGUUGGAUGUGCUGCAGCAGGUAGAAUGCAAAUUGAAAUCUCAGGCCUUCACUGGAGAUAAUCAAGUGCAGUUGCUUAUAAUUGAUUCGAUCUCCUCCCUCAUAACCCCAAUCCUGGGAGGCAAUGGUGCAAAUGGACAUUCUUUGAUGACUUCAGCUGGUUUGCUUCUAAAGAAAUUAGCACAUGAGCAUAAUCUCUCUGUAUUGGUGACAAAUCACAUGGUGGGAGGAGAGGGAGGUUCCCUUAAGCCUGCCCUUGGAGAAAGUUGGAAGAGUGUCCCACACGUGCGGAUACUGCUCUCCCGUGAUCGUGGUGGCAACUUGUGCGAUGCGUCUUUGCUAAAGCACCCAAGUGUGGCUUCUGGACGGUUUGUGAGGUUUAUGAUUGAGGAUUGAGCGACUGGAAGGUUGAUGAAAAGGAAAAAUAG